AUGUCUGUCUUACCGAAAAUCCUAGCUUACGCAGUGGCUGAAGCAGGGCCGGUCCUGUAUUUUUGUGGCAGCCAGCUCCCUCUACCCCCUGGCCCUCCAGGUCUACCAGUCAUCGGCAACCUCCUGCAAGCCCCAAAGGAGGCCCCAUGGAAGAAAUAUAAAGAAUGGAGCAACAAAUACGGACCCAUCAUGUCGAUCCGCAACGGGCAGAACGUAUUCAUCAUCAUCACCUCGUUCGACAUCGUCAAGGACUUCCUCGAGAAGAACAACAGUGUCUUCAGCUCCCGACCACACCUGGUCGUCAUCGAGCGCGCCUCUGGCGGCCUCGCGACCUCAUUCCUCCCCUACGGCCCGCAGUGGAACUCCCACCGUCUCCUCCGGGGAAACGUCCUCAAACCCGCCAUGGCAGUCAAGUACCGGCCCGUUCUCGACACGGAAAGCAAGCAGAUGCUACACGAGGUGCUAUCAAUGAACAACCUCCCGCAGACCCUCCGCCGCCAGGCUGCCAGCACCUUCCUCACAAUCGCCUACGGCUACCGCCUCCCCGUCGAGCCGCCCGAGAUCCAAGAGAUGGAGGAGCUCGUCUCGUACAUGGCGACGAUCAGCGAGGCGUGCUUCCGAGGCACAAGUGUUCUCGCUGAGUUCUUCCCGUUUGCGCAGUACCUCCCGGGGAACUCGUGGUGGAAGGAAGAAGCCGAUAAGAUCGCGGCCAAGCUGACGAGGUUCUACGUCCAGAAGUGGCGUGCCGGCCUCGAGACGUCCGCCUGGAACUGGACGAAGGAGUACAACGUGCACAAGGAAGCGCAGCCCAUGGACGAGCUAGAGCGGGCGUAUACGAUCGGCUCGAUCUACGAGGCGUCGCUUACGCCGUUUGAGAUCCUGCUUAUCGUUAUCCUCGCGGCGCUGUAUAACCCUGAGGAAACGCGCAGAAUCCAACGGGCUAUUGACGCUGUCGUAGGCGGGGCCAACCGUAUGCCCGAGAGCAGUGACAUGGCCCAGCUCCCGCAGAUUCUCUUCUUCGUGCACGAGGCCCUGCGCUGGCGGCCCUUCUCCCCGCUCGCCGCACCGCGCGCCGUCAGCAAGGAGGUCGAGUACCAGGGGUACCGGAUUCCAAAAGGCGCAACGAUCGUCGUGAACCAGUGGGCGAUGGACCACGAUGAGAACAUCUUUGCGGACCCCUUCAAAUUCCGGUACUCGCGGUGGGAGGAGAAGCCUGAUCUCCCACACAUCUCGUUUGGGUUCGGACUGCGCGGGUGUCCCGGGCAGCAUCUUGCAAGGGAGUACUUGUUUAUUUCGGUUGCGCGCUUGCUCUGGGCCUUUGACUUUAACCAUCCAACGGAUUUGGAGAAGCUGUUUUGCCCGCGCACUCCCAUUGCAUUCUUCAACCAGGUGCCGUACUCCUUUAAGGUGGAUAUUACGCCAAGGGAUGAGAAGCGGGAGGCUCUGAUUGAGAGGGAGUGGGAGGGCGCUGAGAAGGAUGUGAACGUGCUGUUGGAUCGGGUUAUGCCACUUCCUAACUAG